UAUUAUCUGUUAAGAGUGAAGUUGGAGUUUAACGUCAUGUGAUGUUGGGACUCGACGGGGUGGUGCCUGGGUGCUCAGAACCACGCUGCUGUAGUUCAGAGACAAACACAACUGGGUGAAGAGCGCGCGGGGCGAGUCUCUCUAGUUUUACCGCGUCUAACAAUCUCUGAAUGUCAGAGUGGAAAGUAAAACUGGUUCCGGGGACUUCGAUGUAAAUGAUCAUGGAACAAGAGGAGAGCAAAAUCUCGGUGUGGGUAUGCCGGGAGGAGAAACUGGUGUCCGGGCUGUCCAGACGCACCACCUGCGCGGACCUAGUGAAAGUGCUGCUGGAGGACCAGAACUUCCAGAAAGGCGCGAUGCUCACCGGUCCUCCGCAAUCGUACUGUAUCGUGGAGAAAUGGAGAGGUUUUGAGCGCAUUCUGCCGAAUAAAACCAAAAUCCUGCGGCUGUGGAGCGCCUGGGGCGACGAGCAGGAGAAUGUGCGCUUCGUCCUGGUCAGGAGCGACGCGUCGCUGCCCAACAGCGGGCCGAGGAGCGCCGAGGCGCGGGUCGUGCUCAGCAAAGAGAGCCCUUGUCCUACCAGAGCCACCAUGCAGAUCUCACAGGAAAAACAGCGGAGGAUUGUGCGAAAGGCUUUUAGAAAGUUGGACAAAAUGAAUAGGAAGAAAGAGGAGGCUUCGAAAGACAAAUCAUCGGCGGGGAAAAUGGAAACGCUCGUGCAUCUCAUAGUUUCGCAGGAUCAUACAAUCCGACAGCAGAUACAGCGAAUAAAAGAGCUGGAUAAUGAAAUCGAAAGGUGUGAAUCAAAAGUUCACUUUGACAGAAUGAAAAUACACGGCGUAAACUACGUGCAAGACACUUAUUUGCUCGAGCAAGGCUUGGAUGCAGAUUCCAGCGCGCGUCCGGACGCGUCCUUUGCGCAGUUUGAGGAAUACGCGGCGCGCUGCGACCAAGUCAUUCAACUUCAGGAGGAACUAGCCGAGAGGGAGGCUCUGAUGGAGAUACUUACAGGUGAAAUACAAGAAGAGCUCAACCACAGGUGGAUGAGACGACGACAGGAGCAGCUUUCCAACAAAGACGCGGAGAGCACUGGAGAACAAACGGCUUUCAAGGUGACUUCGGUUCCCGAGGAGCCGGACCCAGUCGUUCCGGACCUCCUAACAGACAAUGGACUCCAAUUAGAGGAGGAGAGGAUCAAAACACAACUGGAUACGAGUUUAUACAUCGGACUGCGCUUGAACACCGAUCUGGAGACGGUGAAGAGCGACUUAGAUAUGAGUCAGGAGCUUUUGGACGCGAAGGAAAAGGAGUUGAGGGAAUUACUCGAAAAGGUUCACAGCUUGGACGAGUUGGACGUGAAACAGGCGGAUGACAGCAAAGACAUUGGAGAAUCUGAACAACUGCCGUCCAUAGACAAUGUUUGGGUAGAGCAGGCGAGGGGACUGUCCAAAACAUGCAUCAAUGAUGAUGAUUCGGACACCGGAUUGAGUUCAAUGCACAGCCAGGACUCGGAUAACGCGCCUGUUUGCGAGUCACUUGUGUGACAGACAAGAUUUCGCGAAUGUUCUCUCUUCAUAAGAGAGGAACGCAUGUCAAUUAUACCAGUCUAGUGUUAUGAUCACCUCACUCUCUAAUUGCCUCACUCAUACACAUGGAGAAUAGCUAAGGUGCAGUUGAUCAAAUUAUAACGGAUUAACCAAUGCAUAGACUGUCCACUGCGUGCUGACUAAUGUAAUACCAAUAGAAUUAGAGUUUUGUGGUAUAUAUAUAUAAUGUUAAAUAUACAUUGUUAAAUAUUGAUGACUCAACCUGCACUAUACUAAACUCAGAUGAGCUCUAGAAACAAGUAGUUAAAACAUUAUAAUUCUUGGCUGAGAUGUACCUUAAAUCUAUUGGCUAUUUAAAAAUAAAAAAGUAUGAGGCUUUCAAUAUGCCUUUUAUAAACAGGAAAUAUGUAAAGAGAGGAAAGAAAUGAGUGCAGCUGUAGUUACAUCAUAAACUUGAACGAUAAUUUGCUAGUCAGUUGCAGGUGGUAUUUAGGGGGUGGGGCAUUCUGACUCUAUUUAGCAUCUGAUUGGACAAAAAUCUGUGUUGUGCAAGAUGAGUUUUACCAGAUUUUUUUUUAAGUUUUGCAUACAGAAUUCCUCAUAGCUAACAAGCAUGGACUAAAUACCACAAAACUCUACAGAAUUAUUUAUUGUACAACAUUUAGGCAGAUAUCUGCAUUAAGCAACUAUGAGCUAAUCACUUCUAUUUUCAUCAGAACAAUUUGCUAUCAGCUUUUACUCACGGAAUCAAUUUGUAUAACCAGAAAACAUCAUGAGCAGUAAUUUAAGUUUUGGGAAUCAAAAAGUGCAUGCAACGGACUGUUAUUUGUCUGAGGAGCUGAAGCGUGCAUGCCCUGUUUGUUCACAGUAAAGAGGAAGACUAAAGCGAUUUCACUGAGACUGCUCCAAUUAAAUCAAAUGCACAGUCUUCUAAACAUACUUUGCUGUUGAUGUUUCUGGUUAAGUAUUUUUUGUUCUUCUUUAUACACAUAUUUUUUUUUAGUCACAAGGGACCUUUAAGGAUCAAAUGAUCAUUUUGUCAUUGAUUAAACUUACUCAGUACAUACAAUUUCUCCAUUGCAACUAAUAGCAAAAUUAUCAGGUGGAGCACCCAAAUAUGUUUUUGAAUGCUGUUGCAGCAUUUAAUCUCAAUUUGUUGGGUCAUUUAUUAAUUAUAUCUUUAUAUCAAUUAGAACGUCAAACUUUAAAAUUUCUUGCCGAUGCAGUACAAACACCUUAUAAAAAACAAAGUCAUACUCACUUAAAACAUGCCAGAAACUGUAGAUAUUACUCCAGCAUGAGCUCAGCAUCAUAACCAACACAGAGUUUCUUAAGUUUGGGCAGGGCAUCCAUCCAACGCAAUGCAGCAGAGUCACCGAGUUCAGGGAUUCUGUGGUGUAUGAAGAGGAUUUAAGAGUUAAGCUUUAAAUGUGAUGUUUUAAAACAGAGGAAGAAAAGGGAAAGAACCGCCCUCCCACUUCAUUCUCAAAUUCGUUGAGUUAAAGAGAUGAAUUAUGACAUUUGGAAAAGCCCUAAUAUGUCAGCUUCCUCCGAAUCUGCAGAUACAUCUCCGGUUUUAUGUUCCAUCUCUACAAACUUUAAAUCGUCAAAACAAUCAAAUAAAAAUGGAAUAAAAGUCAUCUGUUUAUGUUCUAAAUUAGAGCCAUUUAUUUGCGGAUUAAUAAUUAGCCCUUUAAAAUUAGGCAAAUCUAUCAGAAGUCAUAUAAAAGGGUCUGGUUUUCAUGCUGGCAGCAGUGAGUUCUGUGAUUAAAGUCAAAGAAGAGGAGGAGGAGGGGGACAGAUGAUAAAGCGCCAUUAAUCUGGAUAGAAUUGAACCAUUUCAAAUAAACAACAGCUCUGACGGGUUUGGAAGAGAUUCAAGAACAGCUGGACGAGCAGAGAUGAACAGUGUGCCGAUGUGGGACAAACAGCGGCUGUGUUGAAUCAGGCGACACGCUGAGAAUGACAUUCAACAAAACCUUCAGGAUUAUUCUUGGAAUCGCAGGAACUGCUGUACUGUACAAAUGUAGAUCUAAUGUUUGCCAUUAUUUAUUGUCCUGUGUAUCUGUAUAAAAUAAAAGCAGGGGUUUUGUGACGAUAAA